GAGGCCCUGCACUCGGAGGAGGAGCCCCUCCAGUCGGAGAGCACCGGGGACGACCUGGAGGAGAAGAGGACCAGGAGCUCGUCCGAGGAGGACGAGUGGCAGGGCACGGUCGCCCCGGACGAGGGUUGCCUCUCCUGUUUCUCGGCGCCGCGCGCGGUCGACGGCUCCAAGGCAGCCGCCUACGAGAAGUACGGCGACCGCAGCUCC